AGCGCAGCAGCCACCCUGCCUGUCACAGAUGGAGGGAUCUGCGGCGUGAGCACCGAGCUCAGAGCGGACAAGGGCGAGAAGGGGCGACCGCAGCAGGUGGAAACCUGAUCCAGAGCCGGCGAGCAAGAAGAAAGUACCUGAGCACCGCUCCUCCUCCGCCCCCUCAGCUAACGAGAACUACUUUUACCCUCGUCGUAAAAAGACUUAAGAGACGGUGGAGGCGAUCUGUUUCUUUAGGAGUGCUGCAGGGAAAUUCUGACCAGAGCAAGCCGCCGCCCCGUACACCGAGCAGAGUGAUAUUGGGCUUCUGAGGAUAAACGCUUUCCGGAGAAUUCCAGCUGGAGUCGCUGGUACAGUUCUAUUUCUGUAUUUAGAUAUAUAUGUUCUUUGCCUUUCAUUUUAAAAAAAAAAAAAAAAAACACGGCCCUUGUCUGUUAGCAGUGACACGUGUGACUCUCUCUCAUUUGCUGUCACUUUUAGAAGGUAAGAGCGCUCGCUUAUUUCUGAAAAGGGCGUUCUAAUUGGAAACUCUGUUUUUCCACGUAUCUAUACAUUUACACACACGAGCGUUUAGAAGGAGACUGCUCCUUUUAGCUUUUGGUGGUCGGAACCCUACGGAGAAAGAUGGAAAAGGGAACCCGACAGCGAAACAACACCGCGAAGAACCACCCGGGUCGCGGAUCUAACAGCAGCGCUGAGGCCGAGGCUAGCUCGGGAGGGGGCGGAGUAGCCCUGAAGAAAGAGAUCGGAUUGGUCAGCGCCUGUGGUAUCAUUGUAGGGAACAUCAUCGGCUCUGGAAUCUUUGUCUCACCAAAGGGUGUGCUGGAGAAUGCCGGCUCUGUGGGCCUUGCUCUCAUUGUCUGGAUCGUGACGGGUGUCAUCACAGCCGUAGGAGCCCUCUGCUAUGCUGAGCUAGGUGUCACCAUCCCUAAAUCUGGAGGUGAUUACUCUUAUGUCAAGGACAUCUUCGGAGGACUGGCUGGGUUCCUGCGCCUAUGGAUUGCUGUGCUGGUGAUCUACCCUACCAACCAAGCUGUCAUCGCCCUCACCUUCUCCAACUAUGUGCUGCAGCCGCUCUUCCCUACCUGCUUCCCCCCUGAGUCCGGCCUGCGACUCCUGGCAGCCAUCUGCUUGUUGCUGCUCACAUGGGUCAACUGCUCCAGUGUCCGAUGGGCCACCCGGGUUCAAGAUAUCUUCACAGCUGGGAAGCUCCUGGCCCUGGCUCUGAUCAUCAUCAUGGGUGUUGUGCAGAUAUGCAAAGGAGAAUUCUUUUGGCUGGAGCCAAAGAAUGCGUUUGAGAAUUUCCAAGAACCUGACAUCGGCCUCGUCGCUCUGGCGUUCCUCCAGGGCUCCUUUGCCUAUGGAGGCUGGAACUUCCUUAAUUAUGUGACUGAGGAGCUUGUGGAUCCUUACAAGAACCUUCCCAGAGCCAUCUUCAUCUCCAUCCCACUGGUCACAUUUGUGUACGUCUUUGCUAAUGUUGCAUAUGUCACUGCAAUGUCCCCCCAGGAGCUGCUGGCCUCAAAUGCAGUUGCUGUGACUUUUGGAGAGAAGCUCCUCGGGGUCAUGGCCUGGAUCAUGCCCAUUUCUGUUGCCCUGUCCACAUUCGGUGGAGUCAACGGCUCCCUCUUCACCUCCUCCCGGCUGUUCUUUGCUGGAGCCAGAGAAGGCCACCUUCCCAGCGUGUUGGCCAUGAUCCACGUGAAGCGCUGCACCCCAAUCCCAGCCCUGCUCUUCACAUGCCUCUCUACCCUGCUGAUGCUGGUCACCAGUGACAUGUACACACUCAUCAACUAUGUGGGCUUCAUCAACUACCUCUUCUACGGAGUUACAGUUGCAGGGCAGAUAGUCCUUCGCUGGAAGAAGCCUGAUAUCCCCCGCCCCAUCAAGGUCAGCCUGCUGUUUCCCAUCAUCUACUUGCUGUUCUGGGCCUUCCUGCUGAUCUUCAGCCUAUGGUCAGAGCCAGUAGUGUGUGGCAUUGGCCUGGCCAUCAUGCUGACAGGAGUUCCUGUCUACUUCCUGGGAGUCUACUGGCAACACAAACCCAAGUGUUUCAAUGACUUCAUUGAGUCCCUAACCCUAGUGAGUCAGAAGAUGUGUGUGGUCGUGUAUCCCCAGGAGGGGGACUCAGGGACUGAGGAAACAGUUGAUGACGUAGAGGAACAGCACAAGCCCAUCUUCCAGCCGACUCCUGUCAAGGACCCAGACUCGGAGGAGCAGUCCUGAAGACUGCCAGCCUUUAACUGGCUUUCUCCCCUCAUCCUUUCUGCCCUGUGUCCCUGCCUAGGUCCCCCCAACACACACACACACACACACACACACACACACAUUUCUGUAAGGCAGGGGCCAGACCUGGGUGUCCACAGUGAGACAUUCUAAACAAAGACCCUGACCUUUGUACCCAAAGAACCUACUUCUAGCACCACGCCCACAGUCAAGGUCAGUGCACUGGGGCCUGCACACACCCUAAGGUUUAGAGGAGAGUGGAGGUGCCAUUGGUACCCUACAGGGCCCUUCCUCCUGGGCCCAUGCCCCUUAGGUGCCUCUAAGAAACCUGGGUUCACUACUAUUUCUUCUCCCUAACCUUGAGCCCAGGUGAAACUUCCAUUGGAAAAAAGGUAGCAGCCCCAGUGAGUUAGCUGGGGAAGACACCUCAGAUUGUCACCAUUAACAGUCAGCCGAGAGACUCAGAUGUGGCUUCAUUCACCAGGGAACCAAAAGGCAGAGGGUUCACUUCUCUGCCUUCUCCACUCUGUACUACCACAACUCCACUGCCCAGCCUCCACCCACUACCCAGAAAAUCCCCUUUCAGGAUGCCUCCUCCCCACUGAGCUAAGGACCAAGAAGGAGGACUGUCCCACCCCCAGCUCUAAGCCAGGCUUGUGGACUAUAUAGGGGAAGGCUCAGACUGCAGAAGCCAAGCCCUGCCCCACCCCUGCCCCUGCCUCCUGUCCCCUUGUGGUGCCAAAGCUCCCUGAAGCCAGAAAGACUUCUUAUAUUCAGUCUAAUAGACGUCUCUUUCUUAAGGGCAAAGUGACUCAGCUCCUCCCCGUACCCCUGUGUGAAAGAGUAGUAACCCUCUUACCCUGGCAGUUCUUCCCACCCACAGCUGUGCCUGCCUUUCUCAUCCUUUCCUCCCCUGGACCUUUGUAUAAAGGAUUCCCAAGUCCUUCAGGCCUGAAAUUAGAGUCAAACCUUAGCCUUAAGUCAUCUCCCAUCCAAGAACUGGGCCUAAAAUGCUCCCUGUUUCUGACCUUCAGGACAGGCCUGAUGUUAAAUCCUUCCCUGGAAGGAAGGGUGCUUUCCCCCUUCCCAGAGGUGCUCAUCUCUCACCCUGGGGAGACCACAUUGUUGGUGGAGCGGGGAGAAUGUUUUCUGAAGGCUAGUUCCUCUCCCCUCCCCCAAAUCAAACAACCCCACCACCAUUCUUCCAUUCCAUCUGGGACAAGAUGACAGAAUGCACUCACUUUGGAGACCCCAGAAAAGCCCCUUCCAGGAGAGCUGCUGGCCUGUGCUCUACAGGAUGGUGACAGUGUUUGCCUUCUCCUGGCAGCCUCCACACCUGCUGUGCUUAGGACAGGAUCCUUUGAUCAUAAGGCAGAACCCUAACCCCAGUUCCAUCUACCCAAACUGGAAUACCCAGGAGCCUUUUCCUGGCCCCUGCCAACAGGUCUCCCAACUUCCCACCUAGCUCACCCUACCCCUAACUGGUGAGAGGCUGGGUUUGGGCUGAAUUAUGGCCCUUCAGAAUACAGUCCAGGCAGGCUGUGGGACCUCUGGGGGGCCAGGGACCACCCAUCUACCCCUUUCCUCUCAUUCCUUCAGCCUGUACCUGCCCCUCCUUGACUUAUUCUCUCUCUCUCUCUUUUUUUUUUUUAAGUGGAUGCCUUACUUUUUGGAUAACUAUUUUUGAAGCUGGUAUUUCUAUUUCUUUUGGAUUUUUUAAUGUAUGGUGGUUUGGGGGCAGAGCUAGAACCUUAAUAAUCUGUCACUGAGUUCAUUUCAGUUUUAAAUGGUUUUAUUGGUUUGUUUUGUGGAGUAUUUUCUUUUCAUGUAAUAAAAUUUUAAAUCAAAAUGAA